UAAUUUACUGGCAUGACAAUUGUUUCUGUGAUUGACUUUUAGGAUGUAAGGCACGGGUGGUGGGCCACGUAGUUCUAGCUGCACUGACGGGGCCGGUUAUAACGGUGAAAUAAUCUCUAGCUUGAAUGUCUAGAAUGAAAUCAAUCGUUUCUUAUAUUUAGGAAAUGAACAUUGCAGACAAGUGCAACACAAUAAGAACAGGGCAAAGCUGUAACAUCUUUCCUCAUCUCCAUCAGAAGAGCCAGGCAGAGGCUGUAUAAAAGCUGCUUAAAGUUGCAAUUGUACUUCUCUAGCUUUGACAUCUGGUAGCCAGGAUCUGAGGUUCACUGUUUGUAUACUUGGCAUGUGGCUAGAGUGCACUUACCUAUGUUCCAUGUGGGAACCCUGUUAACCACCCUUUCAUAUUACAUAAUCGUCCUUGCGUUUGGUUAUCAUUUUUAUAGCUAGUUUUGAACAGAAGUCGAGUUAAAAUUGUGGCAGGCUUUCUUGGGCCACAUAAAAUGAUGUGGAGUGCUGGAUCUGUCCAGCGGGCCUUGAGUUUUACACCUGUCAGAAGUCACUGCUAAGACCACAGGCUCUUCCUAGUUACUCAAAGAAACAUGCAUCGCACUUUGUUGCACACUGUUGGUAUCAAGGUUUUUUCCUGGGUAGCAAUUUUAGACGUUUGUUUGUUUCAAACAAUUUAUAGGAUUGUCAUUGCCAUUUGCAAUAGCACUGUUAUUUGAAUGAAAAAUUCAAAGUUGCUGGUACCUUUUUUGUGUGUGUGUGUGUUUUCUUUCAAACAUGAUUUUGCUGGGGUACAUAUAAAUUUACAGACGUAAAGCUGCAGUCAUGGGUAAAUGUGGGACUACAGUCUAUAGGACACCUGCAGGUGGAGACAGAGAGCUGAGGACAGACAUCACAAUGCAAAGUGCUCAUCAGAUGCGAGAAUGGUUUCGACAAGGAGGUUAGAACAAGCACUCCUUCAGAAACCUUUCAUCAAAGGGACAUUUGGACUAAUCUCUGAUUGUUCACAUGGUUUGAAUAUAUACCACUGUUUCCCUAUUGUACGACUACAUAUGGUCCUGCCGUUAUUUCUUAAAAAAAAAAAAAAAGCCUUGUCAGUUUGUCUACCUGCCUGAGAUGUUAGCAGUAAAAGCAGAAUGCUGUUUUACUUCUUUUUUUUCCCUUUUUUCUUUUUCACUGCGACAAAAUACAAAAUAAUGACAGUACAGAAUCAAACAUUUUAAAAACUGACUGAAUCUGUUCACUUUAUAUUAUGUCAGUGAUUCAUUAUGAAAUAUCAAUUGUUUAUUUGGUGAAGUUCUUUCAGGUUUCAGUCAUCUAUCAUUUAAUAGGCCCUCUCAUGUGUCUCUGUACGUGGCUAACCCACAUAUACACCCCUCACACUCAUUAGGCCGUGACCCGUCCCAACCCUAAAUAACUUCCAUUCUGGUUCGCCUGAGCCCCAGCAUACCAUCCACACAGGACAUGCUGGAAGGCAGCAAGCGUGUGAGUAGGAGGAAGAUGAGCGUUAACAUUUGAGAGCAGUUACUCACAGUGCAGUCACAGGAGAGUUACGUUUUGCUGUUGACUAAUGACUGUUUUCUUUGGCUGUCAUCACACAGAAGAACUUUUUGCCACAAUUAAGUGACCUGGAAGGCUCUGACUACUGUAUAUGUAAGCAAAAAUGAAAGCGGAUUGCAGACGUUCUUUAUUCCACAUGCACUGAUCACAAGGCCUCGUGAAGAUUGGAAAAGUCAGCAGAGAAAACUGGGCCUGACCCUUCAUGACGACAAUGACCAUUGGGAGAUUGACCUUCAUAAAGACAGCAAGGACGGGUGGCCCUUACCUGAACAUGAGGGCGCUCCUCUCACCUCUCGGCGCUGCCCGCCUUUGCCAGCUGGCAAUGGGCUGUGCCGUGAUCGCCAUGGUCAUCCACAGUGCGGGGUACAGUGGUUCCCACGGGGUGUUCUGCAUGGUCGUGUGGUGCUUCUGCUUUGCCAUGUCAGUAGUGGUCUUCUUCUUGGAUGCCACACGGCUCCACAGCUGCCUGCCAGUAUCCUGGGACAACCUCACCGUCACAUGUGCCGCCAUUGCCACUCUUGUGUAUGUGACGGCCUCAGUGGUCUACCCCCUCUUCUUCGUCCGAUCCGAGUGUCCCUACGCCGGCUGUAACGUCCGAAAUUUCCGCAUCGCGGUCACCGUCUGCUCCAUCCUGGGGACUCUGGCCUACGGGGCUGAGGUGGCCCUCUGCCGAGCCAGACCGGGCCAAGCCGUGGUGGGCUACAUGGCCACGGUCUCCGGCCUCCUCAAAGUGGUCCAGGGCUUUGUGUCCUGCAUCAUCUUCGGCGCUCUGGCCAACGGGAGUCAGUAUUACCUCUACGCUGCCACCAUCUACUGUGUCGUCGUCUACGCCUUCUGCUUUACUCUGACGGCACUAGUGGUCAUCAUGACGGUGUGCGGACGCACUAAGACGGUGCGCUGUUUGCCCUUUGAACGCUUUGUGGUAGUGUGCACCCUGCUGGAGGUGCUGCUCUACCUAAGUGCAUCCGUGGUGUGGCCCGUGUUCUGCUUCGACACCAAAUACGGCACACCUUGGCGACCGUCCUCGUGUCCUCAAGGGAAGUGUCCGUGGGACAGCAAAGUCGUGGUGGCAGUAUUCUCCUUUGUCAACUUUAUUCUCUAUGUGGCGGACCUCGUCUACUCCCAGAGGAUACGAUUUGUCUCUUCACAUUUGUCCAACACCUCACGGCGGCCGGGACACUAGUAGGUUGGUGAAUGAGCGACAGGAAGAAGGGAGAUGGUUCAGAACAUAGUUGCUGUAGUUUUUUCAUGUUUGUUGGACCUGGGGAGGUUUUUUGGGGGGGGGAAGGCUGAAAAUGCAAACAUUCAAAAACAUAACUCAAUGUUGAUUUUAUUAAAUUGAUUUUUCGGGGAGGGGGGGCAUUUUAGUUAUUUUCCAAUGUGCUGCCAAGGAUUUGAGCCCCCCCAGUCACCCACGGGCCCUUAGAAUUGUAAUUGUCAAGCUCAAACCCCGAAAACUCAAUCCAAAUGACUAGACUACAAGUUCAGCCUGGAUGCUUUGUGGAUUGUGAACCUGGAAUGUAACCAACACAUCUGCUGUACCACACCCCAAUGAAGUUGCAGCUUGAUAUUUUUAUUUUUAAUUUUUUUUUUUUUUAAGCAGACCCCACCUGCCCUCUAAAGGGAUUAGGGUGACUCGACAGCCUCACCCAAACCAGUUGGUAUGUGCUGUCAUGUCAGUAUUUAACUGGGCACUCCUGUGGUGUAACAGUUACUUUCCUUUUGUAUCCCUACUCAGAUAACGUUUACAAGUCUGGAAUAUAAAUAGUAGAACUGCUAUUGGCAUCUUUGGUAUGGCUGUUAUCUGAAAAACUCCCACCAGAUGACAGAAAUUAUGUUACCAAAAAUACACACACAACUUUCUGCACUUGUAGAGGCAGUCUGUCAUGAUCUGCGUUUCUCCUUGACUUUGUUUUGAUUAGGUUUAGUUUUAGUUUUAUAUCAUGCCAUGUGUUCCUUGUCAAUAUUCUUGUCUUGUCUUGCGCGUUAGGUUAGCCCUGUCCUUGUGUCUGCUAAUCAGCUCCCUCCAGCUAUUCAUGUCUUGUCCAGGUGUUCAUGAUUGUCUCGUCAGUUUGCUUGUAUUCAGUUCCCUGUUUUCUGUAAGUCUGUGUUGAAUCAUUAUUGUUGUCAGUCAUGGGUCCCUGGUCAUGUCUUGUUUCAUUUUGUGGCUCCUGUACUACCGCCUUACCUCCCUCCGUCCCUGCAUUUGGGUCGACUACCUCUUGCUGCUGCAAAAAAAAAAGCUCAAUUGUGACAGAGUCAGGCAAAAAAGAGGCUGCUGUCUUUGAAUGUGCCCCACACAUAACAGUCAUGAUUGGACAAUCUAAAUAUGGACAAUGGCACAAGUAUGUUUGCACAGGCUUUGAAAAUAGAUAUGAACUCGUAGGCACAAGUAAUGCACCAUUUACCUGUUCUGUUUAUCCUGUUUAAAGUUAGUGUGGUUGGGAUUCGCACAAAACGUUUCACCUCCAGUUCAGCACACGCAUAUACAGUAGUUACGGUGAGGGGUUUACAUACAUUUUGUAUUUGGGGCUUUUAUUGAGUCAUUCCCCCCCACAGAGUAAUGAAAACACAGAUCUUCAGUGAGUUUAAAAAAACCUAAUUGGGAGAACAAGAUUGAAUUUAUUUCUUUUUUCACUAAGCAACAAAGAGUCAAAAUCAUACACCCGGGUACACAUACAUACAGUACACACCAGUAAUAGUUGGUUAAAUGUCCUAAAGCCUCGUCCCAACAUGCUUCCUGCCUUUGUGACCAAGUAGCUCAAUCUUUUCAAUCUCAUCUGACCAUAAAACUAUGCCCAUGAUGAGUGUAAACCGCAACUGUUUAACAUUACAUGUACAUUACGGUAAUUGCUGCCUUAUUUAUCUAACUCUGUCUCAGAUUUGAGAAAGCUCCAUUGUGUGUUGUGCACUUUUAAACAGGACCAUUAUUUUGUAAACUACUAACGCAAAUACAACUACAAUUCCAAUGCUGUUGGGACGUUGUGUUAAACAUAAAUAAAAACAGGAUACAAUGAUUUGCAAAUCAUGUUCAACCUAUAUUUAAUUGAAUACACUACAAAGACAAGAUAUUUAAUGUUCAACCUGAUCAACUUUAUUGUUUUUAGCAAAUAAUCAUGAACUUAGAAUUUUAUGGCUGUAACACGUUCCAAAAAAGCUGGGACAGGUGGCAAAAACAACUUAGCUCCUAGGAUCAUUGGGACACACAAACCCCUCCACCAUGAUAAGGUGACGGCUGAAGGAGGGGCAUCCCACAGGUGAACAGGCUAAUUGGAAACAGGUAGGUGCCAUGAUUGGGUAUAAAAGGAGCUUCCCUGAAUUGCUCAGUCAUUCACAAGCAAAGAUGGGGCGAGUUUCACCUCUUUGUGAACAAGUGCGUGAGAAAAUAGUCGAACAGUUUAAGGACAAUGUUCCUCAACAUACAAUUGCAAGGAAUUUAGGGAUUUCAUCAUCUAAGGUCCAUAAUAUCAUCAAAAGGUUCAGAGAAUCUGGAGAAGUCACUGAAUGAAAGCGGCAAGGCCGAAAAGCAACAGAGCUGAAGCUGUACAUCAAGCAAGAAUGGGAAAGAAUUCCACCUCCAAAGCUUCAACAAUUAGUGUCCUCAGUUCCCAAACGUUUAUUGAAUGUUGUUAAAAGAAAAGGUGAUGUAACACAGUGGUAAACAUGACCCUGUCCCUGCUUUUUUUGGAACGUGUUGCAGCCAUGAAAUUCUAAGUUAAUGAUUAGUUGCUAAAAACAAUAAGGUUUAUCAGUUUGAACGUUAAAUAUCUUGUCUUUGUAGUGUAUUCAAUUAAAUAUAGGUUGAACAUGAUUUGCAAAUCAUUCUUUUCUGUUUUUAUUUAUGUUUAACACAAUGUCCCAACUUUAUUGGAAUUGGGGUUAUAGUUUGCGUAAGAUUAUUUAGGUCGGGUUGCAAAAAUAAGGAUGGUUUUUGCUAAUCCUAACAUUAAAUUGGUGUUGCUAAACAUUUUGUGUGCCACUUCUGAAUUGGUCUUUCUUCUGAUAAAUCCCACAGGGAUGUUUCCCAUUAUAGGCAACUCUUGCAUCACUUGUGCAUCCAUCCGAACCGACUGAAUGGAGCAUGAGUGCAGUACAAAGCGACACCUCUCAAUAAAAAUAAGGAACAUUGGCCACAUUAGCAAUGACGGCAAAAGAACGACUUGUUGCCUUCUUCUAAAUAAGAGCAUAUUUACUGUAUAUAAUUGUCAGGUAGGCGGCACAGUGGACGACUGGUUAGCACAUCUGCCUCACGGUUCUGAGGACCCGAGUGAAAAUCCAGCCUUGCCUGCGUGGGUUUUCUCCGGCUACUCCGGUUUCCUCCCACAUCCCAAAAACAUGCAGGGUUGGUUGACUGAAGACUCUAAAUUGCCCGUAGGUGUGAAUGUGAGUGUGAAUGGUUGUUUGUUUAUAUGAUGUAUUCCCCUGAUUGUCCAAAACAAUAGCAAGAAGUAAAGAAGCAGAACGCUUUCAUGGGAGGUUCUGUUUCUGUACCGCUUUUCCUCGCUAGGGUCAUGGGCGUGUUGGAGCCUAGCCCAGCUAUUUUUAAUACAAGUAACUGUUGUUGCUAAUUUUGUCCAAUGGAGGUCGCACUGAUGACCACUUACUGUAAAUGAUCACUUACCACUUAAAUGACAUUCUGAAAUUGGCAUCUAUACUCAGGAUUUGACACCUGAUAUUGAUGCACUUGGGAAGGUUAAAAGAUGUUGUUUCGGGAAGAAAGUAAGCCUACUUCAUAUAAAAUGCUGGGCCAACUUUGCACUGUGAAGAAUACGUUCAUUCAUUUUCUGUACCGCUUAUCCUCACUGGGGUCGCGAACGUGGUGGAGCCUAUCCCAGCUAUCUUCGGGCGAGAGGCGGAGUACACCCUGAACUGGUCGCCAGCCAAUGGCAGGGCACAUACAAACAAACAACCAAGUUAUGGCUUAAUUCCAGGAAUCCAAUAAAUCAUCCAUUUACAAUUGAAUUAACCUUGAAAUUUUUGAUUUUCUAUACAAUUUACAAUGCAUUACUUUUCAUCACUUAUCUCUUAUCCCCCCAAAACUUCAAGUAGUAUAUGUGAUUAUUGAUUAAUAUUAGAAUAUGACAUACUGUAUAUGUCCAUGUGAUCAUAGCCCAUGUGCCAUACAUUCAUGGACAUAGCCUCCCUUCAGAUCUUCAAUUAGUAACUUUCCUUUUACUUUCACACUUCCUCCAGGCCUCUGUCUUAGCUGUGUUUACACACACACACACACACACACAGCCCUCUAUGAACUCUUUUGACACAGAUUUUCUGCGACAGGUGUCCAUCAUAACCACUCCAACUGGAAGGGGGUGGAGGGAGAGGGACCUGCCUGGGGUGGGCAACCUUCUGCACAACAUUUUUGCCAAAUGCUAAAGUGGAAAAUUUGAGUUGAGGUUGAUUGCGCAAAAAAACUGCAGAAACGUGAACCUUGUUCUGACAGAUUUAGGACUGGACAAAUUAGAAGAAAAAUCUAUUAUACAUCGUAGAAAUAUUAAUUGCUAUAGUGCAGGGAUGUGGAGUUUUUUUUUCCUAUUGCGCUAUUUCGGUAGUCUAGUAGUUAGCACGUCUGCCUCACAGUUCUGGGCUGGAAUUUUUGGCUCUGGCCUUGCUGUGUGGAGUUUGCAUUCUCUCCCAUGCCUGAAUGGGUUUUCUCCCACAUUCCAAAAACAUGCAGUUAAAGGUCCCCUUCCAUCAUUUAAAAAAAAAAAAUUAUACUCUUUAAUGUCCCUUUGUCAAGAUAAUUUGGGUUGGAAAUGCCCAGAAUGUCCUUUUCAAGAUACAGGUACGUCUCAGUAAAUUAGAAUUCUGCCAAAAGCUAAUUUAGUUAGGUAGUUCAAUUCAAAAGGUGAAACUCAUAUUAUAGAGAUGCACUACACACACUCAGUGAAAUAUUGCAGGGAUUUUUUAAUAUGUAUAAUUUUGAUUAUUAUAGUUUACAGCAAAUGAAAACCCAAAAUUCAAGAUCUAUAGAAACUAGAAUAUUUCGUAACAAACAAUCAAGACGCAAUGGAAAUUAGUUUUUAUGUAGAAAUUAGGUGGUGACUGGUUAGGACAUCUGCCUCACAGUUCUGAGGACUGGGGUUCAAAUCCCAGCCCCACCUGUGUGUAGUUUGCAUGUUCUCCUUGUGCCCGUGUGGGUUUUCUCCGGGCACUCCCGUUUCCUCCCGCAUCCCAAAAACAUUUUUCAAAUAAGAAAAUCAUUGUGAUAAUAUUCACUGACAGUGUAGCGGUUCACUCGCUUGGUUCAGUUCCCACUCAGUGAUGUAAAUGUGUCUCUAUAUGUCCCCUAUGAUUGGCUGGUCAGCAGUCCAGAGUGUACCCAACCACCCCACCCCACCCCACCCAACCCCUUGCGCAAAGCCAGCUGGGAUAGGCUCCAGCUCACCCGCAAGCCUAAGGAGGACAAGUGCUAGAGAAAAUGGAUGAAUUAAUCAUUUAGGCUUUUUAUAAGGUUUUAUAAAAUAGGUUUUAUUUGUUUUUAUACUUGCAUAGUGUGCUAUAUUUGGCUCAUUGGUCCUAGGUUACCCAACCUUCACUAGUUCAAAGCUACUUGCAUUAUACACCAUUUGCGUCAAUUACUAUCUCUGCCAUGUAUGUUAUGUUUUGUAAAUGUUUUGUUCAUUAUUACUCUGGACACAGGGGUAACAUUUUUUGUAUUUCUUUUGAUGGCAAAUAUGCACAUCUUCUCCUGUCAUCUACUUGACACGUAUAACAAACACUUCGACACCACCCGGGGCCUAAUCAGUGCCAGGAACAAAUUGUUGUGAUCCUUUUGCAAAGCCCUACCUGUCAAAUGUUUGCCAAAUUUGAGGGGGGGGGGAAGGUUUUUCUGCUGUGGUGUUUUCUUCUGGUUUUUUCCCAAAAUCAAAGAAUGUUGUCACACCUUGGCAGCCGUAUUGCAGACUGAGUGGUAGCUACAACAGGGAGGCAGUUGUCAAUGGACUUGUGUGAGUGUGUGCAUCACUAAAUAUGUCCAGUUUCUAUAAAUUCUAUAAAACAUUUGGAAAACCGCUCUGUGUUUGGUGUUUGCCGUGCACUGUUAUUGUUUAUUAUUUAUUGUUAUUGUAUUUUUCGAUGAAAAAAAAAGAGGAGAGAAUGUGCAUACAUAAAUUUUCAAUGGCGUCAGUUUGUUAUUACAUAUGGCAAUUUUCUUCUUUGACAAUGUGGCAAGUUAUGACAGGGCCCUGUGAAUUCUGCCUGGCAACGAGUGGCCAUGCUGCAGUACUGCACCUGCUGGAUCGGGAACAUUUUACUUAAUUGUUCACCUUUUAAAAUUCAUCACAACGGCAUUGAAAUUGAAUACAGAAAAAAGCACAAGAGUACAGUUUUAUUCCUGCUUUAAAAGCACAACUUUUAGAAACUGUGAUAUCAUUUACCUAUUUCCUUGUAUCAGGGGGAAAGAAUUAUGUAGGAACUCUGUAAACAUCCAUUUCAAAUGCCUCACCUCAGAGCUUCUGAUCACAAAUUUAAUAAAGCUUCUUGUCCACACAUUGACAUUUUAAUCUGAUUUGCCUGUAAUUCUAUAUAAUAAUAAAUAUUGUAAAAUGUGGCUGUAUGCUGCAUUUGCAACAUUAAUCCCACUUUACACCAUUCUUUUUUUUUUGUUGGUUUUUUUUUUUGGUUUUUUUUGUUUUUACCUACAUAUCAAUAUCACAAUCCCACUGAUCAAACGAGAGUUUCAGGCCUGAAUGGCCAAAAAACAAAAAUCAUUU